GUUACUGAGCAUUUCCUCAUUUGCAGUACGUUUGUUGACACAGGUCAUGUAGCUGUCUGUGCAGCAGCAUCAGCCUGGAUACUGAAUCACUGCUGGACAUGGAGUAUUUUAUCCUGCACUGAAUCAUCACUAAAGGCAAAUAUGGAGGAGAACGUUGAUGUCAAGGCUCUGAGGGCCCGGUUCAACAACAAGGCCAGCACCUCGGAUACCAGCAGCCGAGACAGUGGCUCCCCAAAAUCUCCAAGACCUGGGUUUGGGAGAGCGAUCCUGCCAGUGACAGAGAACGAUCUGGCCCACAGACUCUCUCCCGCUUUUCCUCCUCCUUCGACGAGCCCAAGCCCAGUGAGGUUCCCGAGGGCAGAGCCAAUGGCCGCUUCCAUCCCCUCCAGACCUGUUUCCUUCCCUCGACCACCUCCCAUUUCUGCAGUCAGAGCAGCCAUCCAGUCGGCAGACGCCAACAAGGUCAAGCAGACGGGGGAGAUGCUGCAGAACAUGAUGAUGAGACAUCAGAGGCCUCCAGGUACCAAACCAGUCCUGACUCCGGCUCCAGCUCAGGCCCCCGCACCUGCUCCCACCGCUGCCCCUCUACCUCUCCGACAGCCGCCCAGACAGAGGAGCGCUGGGGAAGUGACCCCGCUGAGGAGACCCCUGCCUCCUGAAGGACCGAUGCCCUUGAAACCAAAAAGGCCUCCAAACAUCAACCUGGAGCCCUAUAUGAGGUUCAGCCGAGGACCUGCCCUUCCUCCCCAGAGGAAGAGUCAUACAGAUUCCCCAGGUUCCGCAGGCAGAAGAAUGUCUGUGCCAGCAGUGAUCAGUCCUCCAAAACCGCCACAGCGAUCCAGCAAACCAAGCAGGCUGCCGCGCCAGAUCGCCUCUGUAGAUAUUGAUGAUAACCAGGACACCUAUGAUGACAUUGCAAGUUUUGAGAGGAACGAGUCCUGGAGUGACAGCAGUGCACAGGUUGUGGACGAGGAUGAUGAUGAUGAUGUAUAUGAGUUUAUUGAUGGGGACGAGGUAGAGGUGAAGCCGGCAACUACUGAGAAGAUGAACAAGAAAGAAGCGAAGAAGCAACAGGAGCAGGAGAAGAAAGAGCAGAUGGAGCGUCAGAAAAAAGAGAAUGAGUUGAGGAAGAACUUUCACCUGCAAGGGGAGGUGGAGGUUCUUCACACAGCCAAAGUCCGCCAUGAUUGGCAUGGAGGAGGAAAACUGGAACUGAGUGUGCGACAAGGAGAGAAUGUGGAGAUCCUUCGAGUGAAGAAUAACCCAGGAGGCAAAUGGCUGGCUCGUUCUCUGAAUGGAAACUAUGGCUACAUCAGCAACACAUGUGUGGACAUUGACUAUGAAGCAGUGAAACGCAAAGUGCUCCAGUCAAAAAGAACAGACAUACUCCCAUUACCUCCACCACCACCUGACCCUCCACAGAUGUUAAAUAUAGACUCCAAUAACAGAGACAGCUUGCUUCAAGAUGACGAUGACUAUGAUGACGUUCAACCAAUAGCUGAUGAAUUCCCUCCACCACCGCUUGAAAUCAGCAUAGAUCCCAAAGUGGAGAAGGAGCUAAAAAAAAAGUUUAAGUUUGAAGGGCCACUCAAGGUGCUGCACUCCGUGAUGGUGGAUCCUAACGGCGUCGUAAAGAAGCCAGGAGGGAAGGAUCUACCUGUGUCUCAAGGAGAAAUCCUGGAUGUCAUCCAGCUCACCAACAACAAGAAAGCUCUGUGUCGCAACAGGUUUGGAAAAUAUGGUUAUGUGUCUAGAUCCCUUCUUCUUCCAAUGGAAGGAGACAUUUACGAUGAUGUCGACUAUCCCAGCGACGUCUAUGACAAUGACUCUCCACACACAGAUUAUUAAAACAAGUCAAACUAGUCUUACGCUCUCAUAGUAAGACGGAGACAGGAAAAGAUGCAGAGAAAGAGACAAACUAUAUGAAAACUGAAAACUUAAGCUAUGUGAAACUAUCUGUGAAACUAACUUUACAAAACUGGAGGCCAAAAACUGCAAAUAAGGUGAAGAGAGAGAUCCGUCAGGAUACAAAUGCACAGUUGUGCUUGUCCUGCUCUCAAACAAACAAACAAACAAGCAAACAAGGUGUAACUCAAACUGUAACUAUAUAAAGCCGUGAAAAACUGAUCCAUGUGAAUACACGUUCACAUGCCCUGUGCUGAGACCUCUUAUCAUUGCAUUGUUUGUCAAACUGCCUGUAUAGAAAAUGAAUACACUAUUACUGUAGCUUUGCUUGACCCCUGAGAUAACUUAAAAUAAAUAAAAUAAAUAAAAUAACUUUUUGAAUAGAAGUCAAUUUUUACUUUUUUUUAGAAAAUAAAUAUGAAAAUGAAAACUU